CGUAAAUAGUUUUGAACGUCUAGCUGGCGGACGUAACGUAGACAAAUAAAAUAUAGAAAAUUAUUGUAAAUGUUUAUUUAUUCCAUCGUCGUAAUCAAAUAGCUAUCGAAAUGUUUCCAAUUGGAUGUGUGUUAACAAUAUUGGUGCUUUAUUCAUGCUUUGAUUUUGCACAUCUAAGAAAAUCGGGCUACCAGGACAACACGGAUCAUCAUUGGGACGUGCUAAUUUUCACUCAACAAUGGCCAACAACUUCGUGUGAGGAGUGGAAAGAAAAGAGUCCUUCACAUAAAUGUACAAUGCCAAGUGUUCCGAAUUCGUUUUCUAUCCAUGGGGUUUGGCCGACAAAAUACGGUACUUUGGGACCCUUUUUCUGCAAUCGCUCUGCACAUUUCGAUCCCGAGGCGGUUAAACCCAUUGAAACUGAACUAACUGAUGUGUGGACCAAUAUUGAAUAUGGCACAUCUACAUACUCCCUAUGGGCUCAUGAAUGGACCAAGCAUGGUACCUGUGCUGCCGAGGUCCUCGAGAACUUCAAUACAGAACUUAAAUACUUCACCAGGGGCCUGGAAUUCUACAAAACCUAUAAUUUAACAAACAUACUCAGCGAAGCAGAUAUUGUACCUUCAGUGAACAAGGGUUAUGAUGUAGUGGAUAUAGUUAAUGCAAUUAGGGUUCACCUUGGUGUGAAUCCAGUAGUGGAAUGUAGAAAAGAGAAAGGUAUAAGCAGCUUAUUUGAAAUACGUAUCUGUUUCUCUAAGGAAUUGAAGCUUGUUGACUGUGACGGUGUGGUACAUGGAACAAGUGACAAUGUACUCACAAACUGUGACCGAACCCAGAAAGUCUUAUUUUUGCCAUACAGUACCACCUCUGGUCUUGUACAGUGGUAUAAACUGAUAACUUGGUUGCAAUGGUUCACUCUAUAAUUUGUUUCUUUAAUUUGGAGAUGUACAGUUUGCACA